GGGCUUAUUUCCUUGGCGAGGUUUGUUGCGCAGUAGCAUAGUUUGAGUGACUUGCAAGGGUUUCUAGUGUGUGCAAAAACAAUUGCACUGUGUGAUCAAGGCGUAUUUCAUUAGUUAUUUGGCCACCACUUUUUCGCUAGCGGAUUCGAAAACAAACCAAUUUUACUGGCGAAAUAUGAAACUGAGUUAAGUACAGUUGGGCCGCCUCAAUUCUUUGCUCUGUUGAAAUUGUGUGUUUGAAAUUUCGUUUCUACAUUUUUCAUUGUAAAUUUAAAUUCUUUGCUCUGUUCAAAUUGUGUUUGAAAUCUCGUUCCUGCUUUUUCAUUGUUAGUUUAUAAAACAAGAAUUAUAUCGAACUAUUCGCUUUGCCACAAAUUACUAGGGUCAUAUCUUUAUCGUUCAUUUUUCCCUUUGAAACCCCCGAAAAAUGGCUUUAGUCGAGAGUGAUGCAAAUAAGUCUGGGGGCGGCAGACAGCAGCAGCAGUCGGGGGCAGGGGGUGGCGGAGGGGCACAGGAGUUUGCGUGUUGGCACUGUGACACUUCGUUGUAUGGACACCGGUUCGUCAACAGAGAGGGACACCCUUAUUGUGUGAAUUGCUACAAUGAGCUGUUCGCCAACCACUGUGAGGAGUGCCAGCAGAUCAUCUCUGUCGACAACAAGGAUCUGGCUUUCAAGGAGAAGCACUGGCACGACAUGUGUUUCAAGUGUUCCCAGUGUAAAGUGAGUCUGGUUAGUGAGACAUUCGGGGCCAAGGAGGACAAGCUGUUCUGCGGUGACUGCUGGGACCUCAACUUCGCCCCCAAGUGCUCCAAGUGCAAUAACCCCUUCAAAGCAGGGUCCAUGAAGCUCAGCUGGAACGGCGGCGAAUGGCACAAGGACUGUUUUGCAUGCACUAACUGUGACAAGGUGAUCGGACAGGAGGCGUUCCACCCCCAGGACGGACAGCCUUACUGUGAGGGCUGCUGGGAACAGCUGUUUGCCAUCAAAUGCACCAAGUGCACGGAGCCGAUCAAGGCUGGAGGUGUGACGUAUAGACUGGAGCCCUAUCACAGGGAGUGUUUCGUCUGCUUCGAGUGUGGAGUCAGUCUAGCGGGACAGAGGUUCACUCUCAAGGACGAGAACCCCAUCUGUGCAGAGUGCUUCGCCAAUCACUACGCACACAAGUGCUUCCAUUGCUCAGAGCCUAUCACAGGGAUUGGGGGGAACAGGUACAUCAUCUUUGAGAAGAGUCAGUGGCACUGUCAGUGCUUCAACUGCAGACAGUGUGGCAGCAGUCUGGUAGGGGUGAACUUUGUGGCAGAGGGUUAUGGGGAUGAACUGGAGAUCUACUGCCAGCCAUGUGGCUUCCAGAAGAGGGGCUGGGAGACACAGCACACCUCACAGGCCCAGCAGGCGGAGGUGCCCCAGAUGAGACACGAGAGUCUGGGUCCCCCCGCGAGGAGUGUCUCAGGAGCAGGGGGAGGGGCAUCGACCACAACUGCAGGAGGGGUGGGAGUGGGCGCCAGUAAAAAGGAGGCUGCCCCUGCACCACAGCCCAAGACAUCCACUGGGUCCAAAUUCGGACGAAAGUUCUGAACAACACAACACAAUACUCCCCUGUCACCUAGACCCACCCACAGUCUCCCCAUUCUAGGCAUCCUUAAUGUACAAUUAUUCGAAAUGCGAUUGAUAAAGGAAAAAUGACACAAGAGGGAACCUACCUAUCAGAUUGGAAACAUACGUGGCGGCUCGUUCUCUUUUUAUCUUUUCUUUCGUCUGAGAGAGUUUUCAGAUGUUGCAAACUAAUAAAUAUUUUAUUAACAAAUCAGAGACAGUUUUAUAUGUGGAUAAAGAAGAUGGUCUGUCUUUUUAGUCAACAGAUCUGAUCUGUCUGUGUAGUAGAUGUAUGUUUGGUUUACUCCAAUUUUGACACUCAUUUUGUAACAACUCGAGAUUUUCUCACA